AUGGAAGUAGAAAACAAAGUCAUCAUAGUGAAGCUUUCUAAUUUUGUGUCAUCCCUUUCAUUAAUUCUUCACCUUUUCCUUUUCACCCUCGCUAAAUGUGACUCUUCUUUCUCACCAAAUGUUAACUAUCUCAUUGAUUGUGGCUCCUCCCACCCCACUCAGCUCAAAGAUGGUAGAAUCUUCAAAUCUGAUCGUGAAACUACUUCUCUCCUAUCCACAACUGAAGAUUUGCACAUAUCAGUUAACUCAAAUCUCUCCCCUUCUAUUCCUUCUUUAUCACUUCCUUUGUAUCAAACCGCAAGAGUUUUUCAAGAAGAAUCCACCUACUCCUUUUACAUCUCCAAAAGUGGUAGACUUUGGAUUCGUCUCUACUUCUUCCCUCUCCCUGACCCUUCCUUUAACCUAACAAGUGCUGUUUUCUCUGUCCAAACCAAUCAUCAUGUGCUCUUGCAUGAGUUCUCAGCAUGGAACAAUGACUCACCCGUUUUCAAGGAAUACCUUGUUAAUGUUUCUGAUAGUAUUUUCUCGCUUGAAUUCAAGCCUAAGAAAAACUCAUUUGCGUUCAUCAAUGCCAUUGAGGUUGUCUCAGCCCCUGACACUCUUAUCUCAGAUUCAGCAACUGCACUUUCCCCACUUGGAGAAUUCAAAGGCUUGUUGAAUUCUGCUCUUGAAGUAUCCUACAGAAUAAACGUUGGUGGUCCAGUCAUAACUCCUGACAAUGACACUUUGUCUAGAACAUGGGAAACUGAUGGAUCUUACAACAUUUUCCCACAGGGUUCUGUGAAUGUUUCUGUCUCCAACAAAAGCAUAAAGUAUCCUCGUACGGGUAUACUUACACCUUUGAUUGCUCCAAACUCAGUUUAUGCAAGUGCUGUACACAUGAAAGACGCUAGAGUUAUGGAACCAAAUUUCAAUCUAAGUUGGGUUGUGAACGUGGAAAGUGGCUACUCUUAUUUGAUAAGAAUUCAUUUCUGUGACAUUGUGAGCAAGAGUCUUAACCGGUUAUACUUCAAUGUGUACAUCAACGGGAUUGAGGGUGUGUCAAGUUUGGAUCUUUCAUUGCAAACCAAAGCUCUAGCCACUGCUUUUUACAAGGACUUUGUGCUAAAUGCAUUUUCCAUCACAAGCGGUUCCAUUUUGGUUCAGGUGGGACCAGCCAAUCUACAACAUGGCAUGACCGAUGCAAUUGCGAAUGGAAUUGAGGUGAUGAAGAUGAGCAACAACGCAGACAGCUUGGAUGGUUUUUUCUCUGUUGAUGGCAAAUACAAAGGGCCAAGUUCACCAACCAAGGCAAUCAAAAUCUUUGCAUGCGUUGGAAUAGCUUUGGCUGUGACAACAAUGUUGUUGCUAGCAAUGAUUUGUAUAAGGUGGAAAAAGAGGCCUCAAGAUUGGGAAACGCAUAACAGGUUCUCAUCAUGGCUCCUCCCUUUCCAUUCAGCUAGAAUGGUUUCAAGCAAAAGCAGUUUUCGAAGCUCAAAUGCAUUCAGUUCCCACAAGAGCAAUAAGCAUGGCCAUGGUGUUUCCCAAAAAGGGCGUGAAAGGUUCUUCCCCUUCAGUGAAAUGCUCCAAGCCACCAAUAAUUUCGAUGAGAAGAAAGUGAUAGGCAUUGGAGGAUUCGGGAAAGUGUAUCUUGGAACGUUGGAAGAUGGGACAAAGGUUGCUAUAAAACGAGGAAGUGGUAGCUCAGAACAAGGCAUCAAUGAGUUCAGAACAGAACUAGAAAUGCUCUCAAAGCUUCGCCAUCGCCACCUAGUCUCUUUGAUGGGUUUCUGUGAUGAAAAUUCAGAGAUGGUUCUUGUGUAUGAGUACAUGGCUAAUGGCCCCUUUCGUUCUCACCUCUAUGGCUCCAACCUCCCUCUUUUGUCAUGGGAAAAGAGGCUUGAAAUAUGCAUUGGUGCUGCUCGUGGCUUGCACUAUCUCCACACUGGUGCAGCUCAAAGCAUCACACACCGUGAUGUGAAGACAACAAACAUCCUCUUAGAUGAGAACUAUGUUGCCAAGGUUUCUGACUUCGGUUUGUCAAAAGCUGUCCCAGAGAAGGCUCAAGUUAGCACAGCUGUGAAGGGUAGUUUGGGGUACCUUGACCCUGAGUAUUAUAGGACCCAACAACUAACUCAGAAAUCUGAUAUAUACUCUUUUGGGGUAGUCCUAAUUGAGGUACUUUGUGCUAGGCCAGUUAUUUGCCCUACACUUCCAAGAGAGGAGAUUAACUUGGCUGAUUGGGCAAUGGCACAACAUAGAAGACGAGUGCUUAAUGAAGUAAUUGAUCCUCGUAUUAUCAAGAGUAUUAGUCCUCAAUCCUUAAAUGUUUUUGUGCAAAUUGCUGAGAGAUGUUUAUCUGAUUCUGGUGUUGAUAGGCCUAGUGUGGGGGAUGUGUUGUGGCAUUUGGAAUAUGCUUUGCGCCUACAAGAUGAUGCCACAAGGAUUAAAGAACUUGAUGAAAAAAUUGAAAGUAUAGUCACAAAUGAAUGUAAUGAUAAUGAUAAUGUAGCAGGUCACUCGGGUGAUCCAGCAAGUGAUGUGUCUAAUAGCACAGAUGCUAAUUCUGCUUUGUUUUCUCAGAUAGCCAACUUUCAAGGAAGGUAAAGUUAGAUUAGAUAGAAAUUAAUUACAAACAGGUUCAAAGGCAAAGUGACUAAAGGAGUUGGAUUAGUUGCGCCACACUUCCUUGCGGCUAAUAUUCAGUUCUGAAGUUUAUGAUAUGGAUCAACCUCUAGGCAUGGUCAUGAUGCAAUAUGCAAACCAAAAUUGGAUUAGCUUUGAUUUUUAUGUAUAAAAAAAAAAGCCUACUCUGCUGUUUUCUCCCUAUUUUCAUAAUUGAUCAUAGUUUGGGAAAAAUCAAUAGGGUAAGAAAAAUUGUA